UAUAUAAUGCGAGUGCAACAAUGUGUGUGGAGUGGACGGAGUCGAGACUCGAGAGAGACCGGUGGAGGAGCGCUGUCACUGACACUGCCGUGCUGCCCUAGAGAUUUUGGACUGGAGCCCAGCUGAGCCGGCCCGACAAGGAGGAGAGCGUGCAGUCAGAUCUAUCUGCAUUCAAUUCACCACAAUCGCCAGUGUAUUUUGUUCAUCCGAAUAAGCCAAAAUCAAAUUAAAGGAAUCAUGGCAAAGGACUCCUCAAUCAAUAUGACAAGUUAUAAAAGAGGAUAUGCAGUAAAUCAAAGUCAAGAAAACUGCAAAGGGGAGCAAGUAAAAAAAGAAAAGAAGAAAAAAACAAAGACUGUUGGCAUAAUCCAAAUUUUUCGAUUUGCUGACGGACUGGAUAUUUGUCUUAUGAUUAUUGGUUUUCUUGCGGCACUGGCUAAUGGUCUGGGCCAGCCCUUAAGAAACAUGGUGUUUGGAGAAAUGACUGACAGCAUUUUGUGCUAUAAUUCAUCACUACAGAAUUCCACUGAAUGUGCACAGUUCAAACCACUAAAAGAGCAGAUAAUAUUGUUUUCCUUAUAUUAUAUCGGGAUGGGAGUUGGAGCUCUAAUCUGUGGAUAUAUACAAGUUUCAUUUUGGGUGUUGGCUGCUGCAAGACAGACCAGGAAAAUGAGGGAAGCUUUUUUUCAUUCAGUAUUGUCUCAAGACAUGAGUUGGUUUGAUGUUAAUAAAUCUGGAGAGUUCAACACUCGUCUUACUGAAGACAUCAAUAAAAUCAAUGAUGGAAUUGGAGAUAAAGUUGGUCAUCUUUUAGAAAAAGUCUCUACUAUGCUAGCAGGUGUAACAAUUGCAUUAGUAUAUGGGUGGCAGCUUGCUUUAGUGGUAUUGGCCACAAGCCCUCUUAUGUCAUUGUUCGCCUCGUUAAGUUCUAAGAUGCUUGUCUCACUAACAAGCAAGGAACUGUCAGCUUAUGCCAAAGCAGGGGCAGUGGCUGAAGAAGUGCUCUCAUCUAUACGCACUGUUGUGGCUUUUGGAGGGCAAGACAAAGAAAUCAAAAGAUAUGCAAAUAAUUUGGGAGAGGCUAAAAAAAUUGGCAUAAAAAAAGCUGUUGCCUCUCAGUUGGCCAUGGGGUCUAUGUACUGCAUUAUCUAUGCUUCCUAUGGUCUUGCAUUUUGGUAUGCCACAACAUUAAUUUUGGGAGACAGUGGAUAUACCGUUGGAGAUACAAUUGUGGUUUUAUUCAGUGUGAUUGUCAGUAGUUAUUGCAUUGGGCAGGCAUCUUCGUAUUUUGAAGCCUUUUCGGUUGCAAGGGGUGCAGCCUAUAAUAUAUUUAAUUUGAUUGAUCAGGCAUCUACAAUUGAUAGCUUUUCAACAGAUGGGUUUAAACCAGAUAAUCUGAAGGGGAAUGUGGAAUUUAAAAAUGUUAGUUUUUGUUACCCUUCAAGACCAAAUGUUCAGGUUUUAAAUGGACUUAAUCUUGGGAUCAAACCUGGGGAAACUGUGGCACUGGUUGGGCAAAGUGGAUGUGGGAAGAGCACAACAGUGCAGCUAUUGCAGAGAUUGUACGAUCCAAAUGAGGGAAAGAUCAUUGUUGACGGCCAUGACAUAAGGUCUCUAAAUGUAAGACAUUACAGAGAGUUCAUAGGUGUGGUCAGUCAAGAGCCUGUCCUGUUCGGAACAACAAUUAAAAACAACAUUAAAUAUGGCCAAGACAAUGUGACUGAUGAAGAAAUAGUAAAGGCUUCUAAAAAAGCAAAUGCCUAUGAUUUUAUUAUGGCACUACCUUCUAAAUUUGAAACCCUUGUUGGGGAAAGAGGAGCCCAGCUGAGUGGUGGUCAGAAGCAAAGAAUAGCUAUAGCUAGAGCGCUUGUACGAAAUCCUAAAAUCCUUCUACUGGAUGAAGCUACCUCUGCUUUGGAUACUGAGAGUGAAUCUGUUGUACAAGCUGCUCUAGAUAAGGCCAGGAUAGGUCGAACCACAAUUGUCAUUGCUCACCGUCUCAGCACAGUAUUGACAGCAGAUGUCAUAGUUGUGAUAGAAAAUGGUGCUGUAGCUGAACAAGGAACACAUGCUGAAUUAAUGGAGAAAAGAGGCAUAUACUAUUCACUUGCAACAGCUCAGACUCUGUCAACAAAUGAAGAUAAUGAAAAUAUAAGAGAAAACGGAAUGUCUAGAAAGCCAUCUUUAAUAAGCCGUUUAAAUUCAACAUCUACCCUGGAUUUUAGGAUGUCAGAGGAUCAGGAUGAAGAGAAAAAUGAUGAUUUAGAACAGAAAAAUCUUCCUGAAGUCUCCUUUUUCAAACUGCUAAAAUUAAACAAAUCUGAGUGGCCAUAUAUUCUCUUAGGAACACUUGCUGCUACAGUUAAUGGAGGGGUUCAUCCGCUGUUUUGCAUUUUUUUUGCAAAAAUUGUAGCUGUUUUUGGUACUAAUGAUGCAGACAAAAUACAACAAGAAUCUAACAUGUGUGCUAUAGCUUUUGCAUCAAUUGGCGCUCUUUCAUUUGUAACUUAUUUUCUACAGGGUUUUAUGUUUGGAAGAUCUGGAGAAGUUUUAACAAUGAAAUUAAGACAGAGGACUUUUAAAUCCAUGCUUCGUCAGGAUAUUGCAUGGUUUGAUGACAAGAGAAAUAAUACUGGAGCUUUAACAACACGACUUGCAACAGAUGCUUCACAGAUUCAGACAGCUACAGGAACACUGCUUGGAAUAGUAGCACAAAACAUGGCUUGCUUAGGAUUGUCAAUCAUAAUUGCUUUUGUCUUUGGAUGGGAAUUGACUCUACUGCUUUUGGCAAUGAUGCCGAUUCUUGUUAUCACUGGAAUGCUUCAUAUCCGGGCAUUAACUGGCUUUGCUAGUCGAGAUAAAAUAGAGCUGCAACAAGCUGGGAAGUUUGCAACAGAAGCUGUGGAUAAUAUUCGAACUGUUGUCUCAUUAACUAGAGAAAGAACCUUUGAAAAAAUGUACAAUGACAGUUUACAGAAGCCACACAGGAAUUCACUGAGGAAGUCACAGAUAUAUGGCUUUUGUUUUUCAUUUAGUCAAUCAUUCAUAUAUUUCUCUUAUGCUGCAACUUUUCAAUUUGGAACAUAUUUAAUUGAAACUGGACGUAUGGAAUUUGAAGAACUAUUUCUUGUGUUUUCUAUAUUAACAUAUGCAGCUAUUUCAGUUGGAAAUACAUUAUCUUUUGCUCCUGAUUAUGCAAAAGCCAAAUCUGCUGCUUCAUAUCUCUUUAACCUGUUUGAAAGAGAACCACCUAUUGAUAGCUACAGUCAGGAAGGAGAGAAGCCAGAUAUAUUUAAAGGAAAUUUAGAAUUCCGUAACAUUUCAUUCAAUUACCCAUCACGUCCAGAUGUGCCUGUACUACAAGAUUUAUGUGUUAAAGUUGAAAGUGGACAAACUGUGGCAUUUGUUGGUAGCAGUGGAUGUGGAAAAAGUACCUCUGUACAACUCAUCCAGAGGUUCUAUGAUCCACACCAAGGAGCGGUGUUGUUUGAUGGUUUGGAUGCCAAAUGUUUAAACAUACAGUGGCUUCGUGCUCAGAUUGGAAUAGUGUCUCAGGAACCUGUGCUGUUUGGCUGCAGCAUUGCUGAAAAUAUUGCUUAUGGGGACAACUCACGCACCGUUUCUAUGGAAGAAAUACAAACAGCAGCCAAAGCAGCAAAUAUCCAUUCAUUUAUUGACAGUUUACCUGAGAAAUAUAACACUCCAGUUGGAGGGAAAGGAACACAGCUUUCUGGGGGACAGAAGCAGAGAAUAGCAAUUGCCAGAGCACUUAUUCGCUCACCGAAACUGUUGCUGCUUGAUGAAGCCACUUCAGCAUUAGACAACGAGAGUGAAAAGGUGGUCCAGCAAGCUCUGGAUGCAGCUAGAGAAGGAAGAACCUGCAUUAUGAUUGCACACAGACUGUCUACAGUGCAGAAUGCCGAUAUCAUUGUUGUCAUGAAGAAUGGAAAGAUAAUAGAAUAUGGAAGCCAUCAACAGCUUCUAGCAAAUCAUGGGGUUUACUUUAAUUUAGUAAAUGCACAAACACUCACUUGAAACUAGAAUAAUAUUUGAAAAUGUCAACACCAGAAACUUGUUCCUAGAAAUUGCCUUAAUGAUAGAACAGUAAUGGUAAAAAUAGUGCCAAGAGGCAGUACUUUAUGGCGUGUGAGCUAUUUUUAUCAUUUGACUUAUCUCAGGGGUAAAAAAAAAGAAGAAAGUAAAUGAAAGAAUGGCUAUGAAAAGUAUUGUAGGUAUUGCACUAGUAAUGUUGUCCAUCUAAAAUGAAAAAGUAUAAAGUGUACAUUUUGUAAGACACAACAAAUUAAAAGUUUUAUUAAUUAGGACAUAGAAAAUGAAUAAAAAAAAACUCUAAGGUAUCCCCCAAUAUAAACACCUCACAUCACAAACCCUCCCUAAUAAUAUGCAAAUGAUAAAGCAAGUAAUUGCUGUAAAUCACAGUACACAGGGUAUUUUAAGAUCAUUCUACUUGCUGCGGUCUAAACAUUUUUUAAUUACUUGUGUAUAAAGAAAGGGUGCAGACCAGUGUACAUCAGAAUAGCAUUGCUAUACCAAAACAUUUGUUAUUAUUAUUCUUAAAUACAUUUAUUGUUUCAUGUGGAGUUUAGUGCAUAGAUAAAUGGACAAUAACUUUUUUUUUAAACAGAGGUUCAGUACUCAGAAUGACAGUUCUAGUAAUGAUUGAUACAAAUUAACUUAUAUGCAUCCCUUUAAUCUAGGCUUUUGCAAACAGUUGUUCAAUUUAUUAUUAACAUUUGAUUGAAUGAGGUGCCUUAUUUAUAUUAGUUCUAAUAAGAUCAUGAUAACCAAUAAAGGUGAUUUAUGUCAAAAAAAUGUUUUAAAUGCACUAAAUGUAAAGAGGCUGCCAGGCUGCAAUAUUGUUUGCAAUGACAACCUCAAUUCUCAUUGGCAUUUCUGUUGUCACUAAAGGAGCGCUGUCAUUUAAUAUUAAGAUAAGGUUAAUUGAGAAGUGAUAAAGGCACACUUGUUCUUCUUUACAUAUAUGUUAACCAAAAAAGAAAUAAAUUUAACCCCUGUGACACUCUAUUCAUAGAGGUCAAUUUAUCAAGCUCUGUACGGAGCUUAAUGCCCCGUGUUUCUAGCGAGCCUUCAGGCUCGCUGGAAACAGAAGUUAUAAAGCAGUGGUCUAAAGACUGCUGCUCCAUAACCUGUCUGCCAGAAAUCAACCCGAUCGAAUACGAUUGGGUUGAUUGACAGCCCCUGCUAGCGGCCAAUCACAAGAACUGCUUGUGCAAUGAUAAAUGCCGACAGCGUAUGCUCUCGCAUUUGUCUAUGUGCAGAGGACAUGUUUCGCUAUAUCGGAUCAUGUCCGCUCGCACUUACAUAAAUUGACCACAUAUUCUUCUUCCCAAUAAUACAAGAUUAGAGCCUAAAAACUUGAAUUCUCAGUAAAAUUAGUCCUCACCCCCAAAUUAAAUAAACAUUGCUUAUUAGCCUGAUAUGUUGGUUUGAGUGUCUAGAUUAAAAUAACUUUAAAAGAACUGCAAGAGACAUACCUCUAAAUUAUUUUACUUUAGCCUUGACUGCACUAAAGGGUAAGUAUUUCUAAAUGCUGUGUCACCUUUGAUUAUGUUAAGGAACAAAAUAUGAGGUAGACAGUAUAUAUUUCAGAAGUGUGUGACUUCCAUUUUAUUUUAUUAUGGUUAACUCAACGCCCCACAACACAGGUUGUGUUUAUUAUUGGUUUAGAAUAUCAGAUGUUAUAAAUAUUGUUAAGUAUAACAAAGGGCUACCUCACCUGAAUCCUCAUUUAUGUUUUAAAAGUGACAAUAUUCUGCUGGUACAAUUAAAGUAGCAUGGGUACUACUCACCAGGUUAUUUUUUUUCUCUCUAUAAAGUCAUUCUCUUAUUUUAAACCUUUACAAGUGCUGGUUAGUGAAGCUCUGCACCUUCACACUGGGUACCACCAUCUUUGAUUAAGUAUUCUUGCUCCUUGUGACAGAAGUGGUGCACAUUCACAAAUCAGUGAUAAAGUUGUCUUCUUGGCAAGGCGUAUCAUGUGCUUCAGUUUAUAGUGGGAUCUAUACAUUUUUGCAGAGGCUGCAUUGUAUUGUUCCUGAGGGCUUUUUAUAUUUGUUAUGAAACUUUUAAACUGUUUGAAAAACUGCAAAAAUAAAUCUCUUCUGUUUGUGCAAGCUAAUCCAAAGUGCAAGAUACAAAAGCUGGCAAACUCACUGAUCUGUAAAAUUGCACUGAUUUUGUCACAGGAUGCAUCAAUACGUGUACCAAGAUGGUGGCUUCUGUAAUGGGUUAAAAUAAGAGAACUGCUUUAACCCCUUAGUGACCAGACCAUUUUUCAAUUUUCUUACCGUUAAGGACCAGGGCUGCGUUUACAUUUCUGUGGUGUUUGUGUUUAGCUGUAAUUUUCCUCUUACUCAUUUACUGUACCCACACAUAUGAUAUACAUUUUUUCUCACCAUUAAAUGGACUUUCUAAAGAUA